GUAAUGGGAGGCUAUCAGCCGGCUAGGACUCCGGCUACGGACAGUAGAGGAAGUAGCAUUCCCAGCGUUUCCUGUCUGUGAGCAUCAGGGUGUCAAAAAGAUGUAAAGAUGGCGGAGCUGCAGAUGCUCUUGGAAGAGGAGAUUCCAGCAGGUCGAAGAGCUCUGCUGGACAGUUUUACUAACCUCGAGAGAGUCGCCGAGUAUUGCGAAAACAAUUACAUUCAGUCAGGGGACAAGCAGAGAGCCCUCGAGGAGACCAAGAACUACACCACCCAGUCGCUGGCCAGCGUUGCCUAUCUGAUCAACACCUUGGCCAACAAUGUUCUGCAGAUGCUCGACAUCCAGGCGUCCCAGCUACGCCGCAUGGAGUCCUCCAUCAACCACAUCUCACAGACUGUGGACAUUCAUAAGGAGAAGGUGGCCAGACGGGAAAUCGGCAUCCUGACCACCAAUAAGAACACGUCCCGCACACACAAGAUCAUCGCCCCCGCCAACCCCGAGCGGCCGGUGCGCUACAUCCGCAAGCCCAUCGACUACAACUCGCUGGAUGACAUCGGGCAUGGGGUGAAGUGGUUGCUUAGAUUUAAGGUCAGCACCCAGAACAUGAAGAUGGGCGGAAUGCCCCGCACCAACCCCCCGACCCAGAAGCCACCAAGCCCCCCUGUGUCUGGGAAGGGAACCAUUGGGAGGCACUCCCCCUAUAGGACGCUCGAGCCGGUGCGUCCGCCCGUGGUCCCUAAUGACUACGUCCCCAGCCCAACCCGCAGCAUGGGGCCAGCACAGCAGCAGAGCCCUGUGCGCACGGCGUCCGUUAACCAGAGGAACCGCACGUACAGUAGCAGUGGGAGCAGCGGCGGCAGCCACCCCAGCAGCCGCAGCAGCAGCCGUGAGAACAGCGGGAGCGGCAGUGUGGGCGUGCCCAUCGCCGUGCCGACGCCAUCCCCUCCCAGCGCCUUCCCAGCCACGGCUACUGGCUCUUCGGGUAACCCUCCUGCUUCAGCCAACCCUCCUCUGCCCCCCACCUCCACUCCUCCUUCUACCGCUGCCUCUGACACCCCCAGUACCCCACCCAAUACCGCACCCAAUGCCCCACCUCCCACCCUUGACCCCUCUCCGACACCUCCCUCCGAGGCCCCAAAAGCUCUACCGGAGGCCACCCCUUCCUCUCAGCCCCUCCCUCCUGCUGUCGCUGCCUCCUCUGCUACCAGCACCGCCCCUGCAGCAGGUACCACUCAGUUCUACAGCAUGAACCGGCCAGUGUCCAGGCAUAACGCCCCAGCGGUGGGGGGAUCCUUGCCGUACCGCCGGCCCCCCUCUGCGACCGGCCAGGCCAGCCUGCCCCAGAGCCAGGUCAACGGUGGGCCGUACUUCAACCAGAACCAAGCAGGCUCGCUGGUGGCCCCGCCCCCCUCCGUCACUCCACAGCUCCCCCUGGUGGGCUUCGUGGCUCGCGUUCAGGAGACCAUUACAGAGGCCACGCCCCCGCCGCCUCCUCCUGUCGACGAGCCAGUCUUUGAGGACUCUCCCCCACCGCCGCCACCCCCAGAAGACUACGAGGAAGACGAGUCGGCCGUGGUGGAGUACAGCGACCCCUACGCGGAGGAGGAUCCCCCCUGGGCCCCCCGCAGCUAUCUGGAAAAAGUGGUGGCCAUCUACGAUUACACUCGAGACAAGGAGGACGAGCUCUCCUUCCAGGAGGGCGCCAUCAUCUACGUCAUCAAGAAGAACGACGACGGUUGGUACGAGGGCGUCAUGAACAGCACGACGGGGCUCUUCCCGGGCAACUACGUGGAGUCCAUCAUGCAUUACGCCGAGUGAGCCACAGGGGGCGCCCUCGCCAUCUGCCCUCUCCAUGCACCUCUGAUGUAUCUGUACACGAAUACAUAUGCAUGUGAGGAGAGGGGUAGCUGGAGGGGGGCAAGAUGGAAGGGAGAGGAAAUAAAAUGGCAAGGACUUUGGGAUCUGAACACCUUAUUUGGCUUCAUUGUGUUUAAGGGGGGAGGGGUAUCCAAGAUUAAAAAUGAACGAAUAUAAGUGAGUUAGAAUUUAAAUAUUUCAUCAAAUGCUGUUGUAAUAAACACAGAAGUAACCACUAUUUUAUUAUCUUUCCGUUUUUGAGAAAAUAAUUGAAGUUGAGACAUUCUUGUGCUCUUUCUUUACUUUUCCUUUCUUUGCUCACAUUCCGUUUUUUUUCCACCCGAGACCGUCAUGGGGCGUGCCGGCGGCGUUCCGGGUUCGCCGGCGUCCCUGAGCCAUGCAUUUUCGCUCCCGAAGCAGUGCUUUCUAAGUGAACCCAGGGAUGCGGUUCAGUGUAAAGCGGGCGUGCUGAGUGAAGUGGGCAGGCAGCGAGUCACCCUGGGCUCACUUCACGGCCCGGGGGUGGGGGGGGGGGGGGGGUGGGUUAUAUUAGCACAAAGGUCGAUUGACGGCGCCUGAGCCUCGCCGGCCUCCCGCAGACACAGGGGUACCUGGCAGCCCACUCUGCCACACAUAUGCAAGUGCUAAGUGUGUCGUAUGAACAUGUAUUGACAUUUUUGUGACUUUUUUUUUUUUUUUUUUUUUUUGGUUGCAAGCUAUUGUGUAGUGAAUCUAACCAAAAUGCCCAGUUGAAUUUAACAAGAUCUUUUUAUGUAGUGCUGUAUAGACUGCAUGCUGUAUUAAAACUGAUUUUCAAACGAUCAUUUACAUUUUCACCAUAAUCCUCUGCUUCCCUGGGCUUGAGUAUGCAAGCGGUCUUUCUGUUAUUAACUCCUCAAUGACGUGGAAACUGCAUAACAGGAGAAUCUCCAGUCACAUUCAGGGAGUUCUGGGCCCGUGAUAGUGCCAUAUUGUGUAUAUUUAUAUGGAUUUGUGUGUGAGGUGGGGUGGCUUUAUUAUUACUCAGUAACACUUCGGAGGUUGUCUGUAACUGGUUUGAAACUGUAGUCAGGACAUUAACGCAUAACAUGACUUCAGAAUCAUGAGUAUAUGGGAAUUGUAGUCCUGACUAAAAUAACAUUUCCCCCCUAUUACUUCCUGUAGGAAAUAUUCAUAAAUGAAGACUAGAUUUCUGAAGCUGACAGCCACUGAAGGGCAUAUUAUUGCACCCCCCCUCACUUAAAAAAAAAUGGGUAGAGAUUAUCGUCAAAAGUAUUUAUCAAAACCAAAAGCACAUUGUUUUGUAGAAAGGAACUUUUGGGUAACAAAAGUUGUGUAUUUGUUCCCCAGGCUCAUGAACAUUGCAGUUUGUAAAAAAAAAAAAAAAAAAACAUAAAUAAAAUUCUAUGGAAAUCAACAGCAGGAAAAUGCUCUUGGAAUAACAGAAAAAAAUAAGUUUUAUGCACAAAGAGUAUAUUAUAGAUGGAUAAAUAUACAUGUUUAGGUGUAUGAAGUGAGUUUGAGCUUGGCUGUUUGCUGAGUUGUCACAGUGAGCGAUUUCAUCAGCGUGUCAAAGAUCUUACACUUUUUCUCCCCACCUUGAGUUGAUCUGUUCUUGUGACUCUUGCAUGUGUUUAUUUUGUGGUUUUGCACCUUCUGAUCUCUGCGGUGAUCAACCCGAGUGCCAUCCCAAAACUGAACACUGGGGGGAGUCGGGAACUCAUGGGCAACUAGCCUUCUCUGCACAGAAAUGUAACUGUGGCCCUCAGUCAGAGGGCAGGCAGGGGAACAAACAUUAAUGAGAUGUCUAUAAUAAAACUAUUGGGACUAAA